AUGAAUGGUGGCUCCUCCAAUUCGGCCGGUGGGGCCGGCGAUGGAGCAUCCAAAUUGCUCGCUAACCUGCCCUCUCGCGGCCUCUUGUCCGCCCAUGUAGUUUCAUCAAACAUGGGUGGGAUGCGGGUCUAUAUUUGCGAUCAUGACACAUCACCUCCAGAGGAUCAGUUUAUCAAGACAAACCAAACCAAUAUAUUGAUUAGGUCUCUUACGCUUAAGAAUCAGAAGAGCGAUUCCUUUAAGAAAGAUGCGAAGGGUAGUACUUCAAAUCAAGUCUCCAAGAAAAGGGCUUCCGAUAGAGCUUUGGAGAGCAAGGCUGCUGGUAAGAGGGCCAUGUCCAGCACCCGGCUUGGUUCCAAUCAAGAGAGAUCACAAUCGAGUGUGCCCGACAAAGAUCUGCAAAGUUUGACUGUAGAGAAACUCCGUGCUCUUCUGAAGGAGAAAGGUCUUAUGCUGAAAGGCAAAAAGGAUGAUUUGAUUGCACGCUUGAGAGGUGCAAAUGGCUAG